CUCGUUGGAUGAGCCGAUGAGGUUGAUGAAAUGAAACAUCGGCGCCGCCGCCGCUCUCUCGCGUCGCGCAUGCCGCAUCGGACCAUGGUGAUGAGGAAAACCCUCCACCUAUCUCACUGCCUCGUCUCCUUCCCGGCUCCCUCCGCCUUCAUUGGGUCCUUCGUCUUCCUCCGGUGCUCAAGCGCUCGGACCGUGGUCGAUGCCCUGCGCUUCUCGUCCUGUGCCGCUGGAUGCUACCCGCUGAGGAGACACGGUGGAUUCGGGGAGGUGGGAACGCAAUCUCCUCUUCCGGAGCUUAAGAAGCGCACGUUCAACAGAGUAUCCGCUGCCAGUUGGUUACCGGGCUUUGGAACAAAGAAGGAGAAGGCUCCCCUCCCGGAGAUCGUAAAGGCCGGCGACCCAGUCCUCCACGAGCCGGCGGGUGAGGUCUCGGUCCAGGAGAUUGGGUCGGAGAAGAUCCAGAAAAUCAUAGACGACAUGAUCGCUUGCAUGAGAAAGGUUCCUGGCGUUGGCCUCGCGGCUCCUCAGAUUGGCGUACCUUUAAAGAUUAUUGUUCUUGAAGAUACGAAAGAGUACAUUAGUUAUGCUCCUAAGAAUGAAAUUAAAGCUCAAGACCGUCGCCCCUUUGAUCUUUUGGUUAUUAUCAACCCAAAGCUUAAAAACAAGAGCGACAAAACCGCAUUGUUUUUUGAAGGAUGUUUGAGCAUUGAUGGAUUCAGAGCAUUGGUUGAGCGCUACCUUGAGGUUGAAGUUACGGGUCUUGAUCGCCAAGGGCAGCCCAUAAAGAUCGAUGCUAGAGGUUGGCAGGCACGCAUUCUACAACAUGAGUGCAAUCAUUUAGAUGGUACUCUUUACGUUGACAAGAUGGUCCCAAGAACAUUCAGGACUGUUGAAAACCUGGCUUUGCCUUUGGCUGCUGGAUGUCCACCUUUAGGCGAUCGCUUGAAGGAUUAAUGUGUUUAGAUUAUGUUCUUUGAGUGUGAGAGAUGGAUUCGGCAAUUGUCGCUUUAAAAUUGAGUCUUUCUAUUUUUUGCUGUGCCUUUAGAGGAAUGACUGAAAGGUAGUUUCCUUGCAGUUGUUUCAGUGCAGUAAUUGAUGUUCUAAACGUGAUAAUAAUCCUUCAUUAGAGUUGAAGUUCUGUUCCUUGUA